CUUGGAAGCUAAAAUGGCUGCAGUUCCUCUCUCAACUCCUUUUGAGAAGAGGCUACUCCAAAAUGGAGACAAGUUCCUGCAAGAGCUCUCUAAGCAAACAGAGUCUAAGUACAGGACCUGUUGUCUCCUUGCAAACUCUUCAAAAUGUCCUGGAGAAUUUAUGAUAAUUGCACACAAGCUCCUGGAGUCUCUCAAAUUGAAAUUCAGUACAGAAGAAGAGACCAUCGUAAUAGAUGCUUUAAAUCAGCUUAAAUGCGAUAUUGAUUUAUCAUCAUUAUUGGGUCCUGUAUCAAGUAUCACCGAUUCAGUCGUGUACAUAAAACUGAACAGGCCAAUAAUUUUUAAGGAGACCAUUAUUGACACGUUGAGAUACUUGGCUGCUUCUUGUGCUUCCUUUAUCACUGAUGCUGAUGUAAUCGUGUGUCCUCAUUUUGAUACAAAGAAGUCCUCUUUAAAAGUAUCUAUGGAAACUGGGAGGUUGUUAAUGGCUGCAAAACUUCUGAGUAAGUUGUUUAAUACUAUGCCUUGUUUGCUAACAGAAAGAAAGUUAAUUGACAGCUCUCCUUUAUUAUCAUCGUUACUCUCGCCAUUUGAGUCUCGGGUUUAUAGCAGUGAAGGUUUGAGAAGAGAGGAAUUUCUAAAAAACCUUCGGCCAUGGUACGAAGAGCCUAGCUCUUCUAUCAAAGUAAUCGCUGAAUUAUUUUUAAAAGAGAAAUCUCUUUACGGAAGGAAUAAAUUUUCGAGGAACAUCAAUAAAAUCGAAGUUGAAACUAGUGAAGCAAGCUUAACAGGAGCUGGCCACUUGGGACUGAGAAUAUACCAAACAAUAGUGGAGAAGAACAAACAACAGACUAAACUUGUAAUUCCUACGACACAGGGUCUUGCCUAUCUAACUCAGCAAGCUGCAGUCCUCGCUUUAAUGGCUGCUAGCAGCAAGAAAAUAGAUAUUACUACUUCGUUAUCGAUUCUUGAAGUGUCUCAUAUUACUUACGUUAAUGGUGACGCUUGCGACUUGGAGAGUUAUGUUCAGAGCAGGUAUCAAUGUACUAAAGAUGCUUCUGAAAUAAAGGAGUUUGAGGUAGAGAGCAUUUCAUCAAAAAUGGCAGAUGCUGCUGUCAAAUUUGAAGUACUUUCAACCCCACUGAAAAACCCAUUAAAGCUUGUUUUGCCAACUCAAGCAUCUGAGUUCAGUGUUUAUCUCGAAGGAACUUUUGUGAUGUACAAUUAUGCAAGAAUGGCAACCCUUGAGAGAAACUACAGAGACAGCAUUAGUAAAGGGGUUUACCCGGCUCAACCGCAACCACAAGACAUUGAUUAUUUCUUACUUAAUGAUGAAGACGAAUGGGAACUAUUGUAUAGCUAUAUUCUACUGUAUCCAUCAAUGCUUAGAGAUGCAACAAAACUCACGGGAUCUAUAAUAGCUACAAAUACAAUGAACAAACUCCCUCAGUUUCUCAUUAAAUUAUGCCAUUUAUUUAGCAGCUACUACAGCCGUGUUAAGAUACUACUGCCUCCCGAGCCACAUUUGUUUCCACUGAUACAUGCAAGAAUGACAUUAGUAAUUGCAUUGAAACAAGUACUGUUCAAUGGGCUACAGAUACUAGGAAUAUCACCUUUAGAAAAACUUUAAUAAGAAAAUAUUUGACUUAUAUAUAUAUAUUAAUAUGCAAACAUUAUUCAUUAUUUCUCUCUCUGUUCUGAAUUAUAAAUAUCUUAUCAGUCAACACUA